CUGUAUUUCAGUCUGAAAACAUGGCCGAUGUUAUUGAAUUGAUGCGUAUGAGCUUAAACUCAAUUAAAAGAGUUGAUCCAUAUGUUAAAGAAAUUUUGUCGACAGCAACUCACGUAGCUCUUUACAAGUUCAACACAGCGCAAAACGAGUGGGAAAGAACGAACACUGAAGGCGCAUUAUUCGUUUACAGCCGAAAUGGCGAGCCGUACCACAGCAUUAUGGUUAUGAACAGACUUAACGCUAAUAAUGUGAUAGAACCCAUUGUGAAGGAGUUUGAUUAUCAGAUGCAAGUGCCCUUUUUACUCUACAAGAAUUCCAAGAACAAGAUUUUUGGUAUUUGGUUUUUCAAUCGAGAAGAGUGCAUUAAUAUCACAUAUUUGAUCGAGUCUAUCAUGGAUGGUCUUAAGGGAAAAUCUGACGGGUCCUCGCUAAAAAAGGAAAACGGAAUUGAUAUAUUUAGUAUGCUUUCCAAAGCACAAGAGGACUUCAACAAAACCCCGACGAAGCAGAACUCCGUGCCAUCGUUUUCGUCAACGCCUCGCGUACCGGACGUAACCUCACAAAGCGUGAUGGAAUUUUUCGCCAAAUCUCAGGCCGCUGCGCCUGUUAGCAGCGAGCAGCACGUUUUACAGAGACUCAUGUCGAAUCCCGCGCACAGCGUCGAGCACAUAGAGAAACAACAGAGAUCCAUAACGCCGCAGGAGCUGGUCAACAUGCGGCAGAAACCGGCCAACCCCUGCGCGGACCGCAGGAGCGUCCCCAUCUCCUUCCCCAGCACCAGCGGGGCCGACAAAAAUUCAAUUUCCGACGACGGCAUUCGAAUUUCCCCGUUCAAAGACAAAUCCCAAAUGAGCGCGUCUCCGUUGCUGAAUCUGAUGCACAAUACGCAGCACGCGUACGCACACAGCGCGCAGGAUGAGAGCAAAGGGUUCCAGCAGCUGAUGUCGAAGGUUCAGAGCGUGGAAAAACCGCAGCUGAUGACGCCCAUGAUGUUUCAGACCACCAAUGCCAAGGAAAAAGUGCACGACGACAGGCCUGAUUUGUUGACGGAAAAACAAUUGGCGCAGGCGUUGAUAUUCCUGCUGAAAAACGAUUCUCAUUUCACCAAGGUUAUCCAUGAGGCGUACGUUAGUUCCCUGAUGGAAAGUUUAAAUUUAAGCAACAACAAUAAGUCCAAGAUAUAAGCGACUUUUUUCGACGACCUAUUUAAUUUUUUGUUUAAAUCAAUGUGAUAAUUAAUUGUGACUUACAUUGCUUGAAAUGUUCAUUGAAUUUUACUCCUACUUUAUUGGUUAAACAUGAAAUAUUUGUGAUUAAAAUUAAUAUCUACAAAAUACAACCCAUGUUGUUGUUAUCUGGGUAAAGUAAUUUGAAUUAAAACUGAAUCUAGUGAAAGACAUGAUGAAAAAUAUCCCAGUGUAAAAAUAAAACUUGUGCAUAUUUUAAUACCUAAUUAAUUCAUCAAAAAGUGUAUAAUCAUGAUUUUACAAACUGAUAAUCUAAACAUUUUACUCAAAUAGCUUUUGAAUAAAAUGUGAUGAUAGCCUUGUGAAUUAAGUUUUUAAAUUAC